UUUCUCUUUAAACGUCAUUUGAUUUUAAUCACAUUCCAUGACGCUGCAGCUGCUACGUGGUGUGAAUAAAUUAUUUGCAUUUCGAUUUCAAAAUUACUGUAGCAACCGCAAUUUAAAUCGCCAUUACAAGUUGUUACGUAGCGAGUACCGUUAUCCGGAGUGGGAGAGGUGCGCGCGGGGGGCUCGUGCUAGCGGUGCGGGUGCGGCUGGAGUUCACUCUGUCAGUCGGUCAUUACGGUACAUCUCGGUCGUGUGUUCCACAUUCUCUGGAGUGAAAGAAAAAGUGACAAUGCCAGAAAACAAACCGUUUCGUCGACUCCCCAAGAAUGUUGUACCAAAACAUUACGAGUUGCGUUUAGUGCCGAAUCUCGAGAAAUUUUCAUUUACAGGAAAAACGAGAGUGAAAGUAUCGAUUAAUACACCUACCAAAGAAAUCGUGCUCAACAGCUUAGAUCUCGAGCUCACGAACGUUAAAUUGCAAUUAGGUGAGAAUGGUUCGCCCGAAGUGCUGGAUCCCACGGAAGUGCGGCUCACACCCGAGGAGGAGACUGCGGUCAUCACGUUCGAUAAACCCUUACCCAUCGGUGACGCGUUUUUGGUCUGCGAAUUCACUGGCGAAAUAAACGACAAAAUGAAGGGUUUAUACCGCAGCAAAUAUCUCACGCAAGGCGGCGAGGAGCGUUACGCGGCGGUCACCCAGUUCGAGGCUACAGAUGCUAGGAGAUGUUUCCCGUGUUGGGAUGAGCCUGCCAUAAAAGCUACCUUCGAUAUUACCCUCGAAGUGCCGGCCGAUAGAGUAGCUCUUUCCAAUAUGCCUUUGAAAGAGGAGAAGAUAGAUGGAGAUAAAAAAGUUAUGCACUUUGACACCACUCCGAUCAUGUCGACGUACCUCGUAGCGGUUGUGGUUGGAGAGUAUGAUUAUGUGGAGAAGACUUCGAAGGAUGGUGUUCUAGUGAGGGUUUACACUCCAGUUGGCAAGAGCAAACAGGGACUCUUUGCACUCGAGGUAGCAGCGAAAGUAUUGCCAUACUACAAAGAAUAUUUUGACAUAGCUUACCCUUUGCCUAAAAUAGAUUUAAUUGCUAUAGCCGAUUUUGCUCCUGGUGCUAUGGAAAACUGGGGUCUGGUUACAUACAGAGAAACCUGCCUGCUCGUGGAUGAGGAGCAUACAUCUGCUGUUCGCAGGCAGUGGAUAGCACUAGUUGUGGGACAUGAGCUGGCCCACCAAUGGUUUGGUAAUCUGGUGACCAUGGAAUGGUGGACACACUUAUGGUUGAACGAAGGUUAUGCCUCAUUUGUUGAGUUCCUCUGUGUCAACCAUUUGUUCCCUGAAUACGAUAUUUGGACACAGUUUGUAACGGAAACCUAUAUCAGAGCCUUAGAAUUAGACUGUUUAAAAAACUCACAUCCCAUUGAAGUACCUGUUGGUCAUCCAUCUGAGAUUGAUGAAAUAUUUGAUGACAUCUCAUACAAUAAGGGUGCGUCAGUAAUCCGCAUGUUGCAUAGAUAUAUUGGAGAUGAUGAUUUCCGUAAAGGCAUGAACAUAUAUCUAACAAGUCAUCAGUACAAAAACACAUUUACUGAAGAUUUAUGGGCAGCCUUAGAAGAAGCCUCCAAAAAACCAGUAGGAGAAGUAAUGUCCACAUGGACCAAGCAAAUGGGCUUCCCAAUGGUUGAGGUGUCCUCUAAGCAAGAAGGCGCUAAUCGUGUGCUGACUUUGACACAACAAAAGUUCUGUGCCGAUGGCAGUAAAGGAGGAGACAUCCUAUGGAUGGUGCCCAUCACUAUUUCCACACAAGAAAAUCCGUCAAAAGUAGCUUUAUCGAUUGUUUUGGAAAAGAAAACUCAGGAAGUGGUUUUAGAGAAUGUGUCUGAAGAGUCUUGGGUGAAACUCAAUCCUGGAACUGUGGGAUACUAUCGCACGCGGUACCCGGGCGGCAUGCUGGAGCAGCUAGUGCGCGCGGUCCGGGAUGGCUCCCUGCCGCCGCUCGAUAGACUCGGCCUGCUAGACGACUGCUUCGCGCUCGUGCAGGCCGGACACACCAAUACCGCAGAGUCCCUCAAGCUAAUGGAGGCCUUUACAAAUGAAACUAAUUUCACCGUUUGGUCUUCAAUAUCGAACUGUCUGUCGAAGUUAAGCAUUCUGUUUUCGCACACCGCUCUUGACAAACCCUUGAAAAACUACGGCCGAAAAUUGUUUGGAAAUGUGACCAAACGCCUGGGCUGGGACGCUUCGGAAAAAGAGAGCCAUUUGGAUACCCUACUAAGGAGUUUGGUACUCAACAAAAUGAUCAGUUUUGAAGAUCCCGAUACAAUCAAGGAAGCGAAGAGUCGAUUCGAGAAGCACAUCAACGGUGUAUGUGCUCUGCCCGCGGAUCUGCGGUCGGCGUGCUACCGAGCGGUGCUAGCCGAGGCUGACGACGCGACGUUCCACCGCUUCCUGGAGCUGUACCGCGCGGCUGACCUCCACGAGGAGAAGGACCGCAUCAGCAGAGCGUUGGGCGCUGUCAAGGACCCCGUGUUACUGAAGCGAGUAUUGGACUUCGCUAUAUCGGAUGAAGUUCGAGCUCAAGACACGGUGUUUGUAAUCGUGUCGGUAGCGGUCAGCCGGAAUGGGCGCGACUUGGCCUGGGAAUUCUUCAAGAGCCAUUGGCAAGAGUUCAUGAAUAGAUACGAGGGUGGUUUCCUCCUGGCGCGUCUCGUGAAGUCCACCACGGAGAACUUCGCGUCCGAGGCGAUGGCGCGCGAGGUGGAGGCGUUCUUCGCGGACCACGUGUCCCCGGGCACGGAGCGCUCGGUCCAACAGGCGCUGGAGACGGUGCGCCUCAACGCCGCGUGGCUGCGCCGCGAUCUCGCCGGCGCCACCGCCUACCUGCAGCCGUACCACUGACGACCAAAUAAACUAUGUGAAGACUGAAGUAACAACGAAGUUUCAUAAUAUUGUUUUAAUCUGUUAGCUGUUAAAAGCUUCUAUUUAUUUUCAAUAAUAUACUA